AUGCGUUCUGCUCAACAGGAGGCCUCAACCCCCUCAUGGAGCAGUACAACGAGUCCCUCUCCUUCGACAACGUCCUCCACAAGCAAGACAUCCUCGGCUCCAUCUCCUUCGCCCGCGCGAAACACAAAGGCCGGCCGCCUGACCGAGGACGAGUUCAAGAAGAUCGAGGCCGGCCUGCUCGAGAUCAUCGUCAAGGACGACGCGGGAAAGCUUCACACGGGCCGCAGCCGCAACGAGCUCGAGGGCUUCCUCAGGAGCUUCCUGUCCGUCAUCGCGAGGAGCGCCGAGUCCGAGAUCGACUACGUCAUGUCGGGCUACACCCACCUGCAGCGCGCCCAGCCCAUCCGCUGGAGCCACUGGAUGCUGAGCUACGGCUUCGCCUUCGCCAACGACCUCGAGCGGCUGCGCGAGAUCCGCAAGGGGGUCAACCGCAGCCCCCUGGGGUGCGGCGCGCUGGCGGGCAACCCGUUCGGCAUCGACAGGGAGAUGAUGGCCGGGGAGCUGGGCUUCGAGGGCCUGCUGUGGAACUCGAUGGGCGCCGUGGCCGACCGCGACUUCGUCCUCGAGACGCUACAGUGGGGCAGCUUCCUGAUGCAGCACAUCAGCCGGUGGGCCGAGGACCUGAUCAUUUACUCGUCCGCCGAGUUCGGCUUCGGUCUGCCGUCCACGUAUAACAAGGACCUCCAGGAGUCCGUCGAGCCGCUGCUGGACCACGUCAAGACCGUCGGCGACAGCAUCCAGAUCGCAGAGGGCGUGCUUUCGACGCUGGCCACGCAACCAGAGAAGAUGCGCGCCGCGCUCGACCCCUUCAUGCUGGUGCGCAAGGGCGUGCCAUUCCGGGAGACGCACCACAUAAGCGGCCGGUGCGUGGCGCUCAGCGAGCAGACGGGCACGCCCAUGAACGAGCCUACGUACGAGCAGAUGAAGUGCGUGGACGCCCGGUUUGGGGAGGAUAUUGCUGAGUCGUUUGACUACGAGAAGAGCGUCGAGAUGAGGGCCGCCAAGGGUGGCACGAGCAAGGCAUGCGUGCUGGAGCAAGUCAAGGUUCUGACUGGCAUGAUCGCCUAG